CCGCCUCUUCCGGCUUAUUUCCGCCCACUCCACCCAGUCUAGUUUGCCGGAAACGCUGCUCCGCUUUACCUGGGUUCAGCAUCUCUAGAUCGAAUCCGGACACCGACAAAAUGCCGGCUUACCACUCUUCUCUCAUGGACCCUGACACCAAGCUCAUUGGCAACAUGGCACUGCUGCCCAUCCGAAGCCAGUUCAAAGGACCCGCCCCUCGAGAGACGAAAGACACGGAUAUUGUGGAUGAAGCCAUCUAUUACUUCAAGGCCAACGUCUUCUUCAAGAACUAUGAAAUUAAGAAUGAAGCGGACAGGACCUUGAUCUACAUCACACUCUACAUUUCUGAGUGUCUAAAGAAGCUCCAAAAGUGCAACUCCAGAAGCCAAGGCGAGAAAGAAAUGUACACGCUAGGAAUCACCAACUUUCCCAUUCCUGGCGAGCCUGGCUUUCCCCUCAACGCCAUUUACGCCAAACCUGCCAGCAAACAGGAGGAUGAAACGAUGCGCGCGUACCUACAGCAGCUGAGGCAAGAGACCGGACUGAGGCUUUGUGACAAAGUUUUUGACCCUCAGAAUGAUAAACCAAGCAAGUGGUGGACUUGCUUUGUGAAGAGACAGUUCAUGAACAAGAGUCUUUCGGGGCCCGGGCAGUGAGAGGAGCCAUGGUCAGCAUCGCAUUGAGGUGUACACAGUCCUAUGUGUUUGUUCUUAACGUGUCACGAGAGGAGAGAGCCUGUCUACCGGGAAAGCUCUCGGUCAAGAGUUUGGAGGGUGGGUGUCGGGUUUGAAUUUCAAGCUGGUACUUCAUAUGUAAUAAAUGUCGCUGCUUAUGUUAGACAGACAUUGAAUUAAAACAUUUUUGAGAAAAAGCGUACACAA